AUGGCUGAAAAGUUAAGUGAACAACAAAUCUCUGAAUUCAAGGAUGCCUUUUCCUUAUUCGAUAAAGAUAGUGAUGGAAAGAUCACCGUUAAGGAAUUAGGAACAGUCAUGAGAUCUUUAGGUCAAAACCCUUCCGAAUCCGAAUUGAGUGAUAUGAUAAAUGAAGUUGAUGUCAAUAGUGAUGGAUCCAUUGAUUUCCCUGAAUUUUUGACCAUGAUGGCCAGAAAGAUGAAGACUAACGAUAGUGAGGCUGAAAUUGCUGAAGCUUUCAAAGUUUUUGAUAAAAAUGGUGAUGGUAAAAUUAGUGCUGCUGAAUUGAGACACGUGUUGACUUCUAUAGGUGAAAAGUUGAGUGAUGCCGAUGUUGAUCAAAUGAUAAAGGAAGCUGAUACAAACAACGAUGGGGAAAUUGAUAUCCAAGAGUUCACCCAAUUAUUAGCAGCUAAAUAA